AUGGCGACUGUUAACCAGAACAUGUUUGGAGCCAACAUAGGCGCAGAACCGCCAGGCGGUGCGUCGCUAAUGGUUCUCCCUUUGAACCUCAUCGCCCAAAUCGUAUCAUAUGUCGAAGACACAGGCGACCUCGCCCGGCUAUGCCGAACAUGCCGCGUCCUCAAUUACAUGGCUUUGCCACAACUCUACCGCAGCCUGACGCUGACCUCCUACGACAAAAUCCGCUAUCGCGAUGACCAACCCGAAGGAAUCGGCAGCGGCAGUCCCUUCACGAUGGGCCUGAACGCGGUGAUUACACGGCCGUAUGGGUCGCUAGUGCGGUCAAUGACACUGCGCGGCGAAUGGAACGACCACGAGCUGGAAGAACAUGCGCGAGUCGGGCGCGUGCCAGACUCUUCGAUGUUGCUGAAUAUCACCGCCCGCGCUGCGAUAGAUCGCAUGACCAAUCUCGAGAGCUUCCAUUGGGAGUUGGGUACCAAGAUGUUGGAUACAGUGUUUACGGGCUUGACGCAGCUGCCUAAGCUUACUUCUCUGACGAUUCGCUUCCCCUCCAGCCGUCAUCCGCAGCCUACCUUUGUUCUUCCCGGCAUGCCGCAUUUGCGCUGUUUGAAGAUUACCGAUAUUGAUCCCUUGUGUUAUCCGGAUGAUAUUGCGACUUUGCUUUGGAAGAGUCGGAAGCUGCGCGAUUUGAAGUUGCAUUGGUCGCCGCGGAUGCGGGAUGCUCAGGAGCCCAGUGUUUCGCUUCAUGAUUACUUCCGUAAGCUUAUUGCUAAUAAGCAGCCACUGGCGGUUAAGAAGAUGUCGUUUCAGAAUCUUUAUGCUUUUCAUACGGAGGAUUUUAAUUUCGCUUUUGAUCCGACCACUGUUGAGGAUGUUACUUUCCUCAGUGGUGUUGAGGGGUCUAAUCUUGCCAACACAUUCAUGGAGAAUAGUUGGCCUACUGUCCCGCCACAUGGCAAGCUGCGCAUCAAAUCUGUCAGGAUGGAUGCCGUGUCGAAACGGAACGCGGAGUUCAUUGGUAACUUCCAAGACCUUGAACGGUUGUACUUUGUCAACGUCACCUCCGAAUCGAACGAUUAUCUCAAUUCCCCCCGCCAUGGAUUGGCCUCUUCAUCGGCACUUACGCCGCCGACUUAUGAAAGUCAACCUAAUGGCGCGAUUAAUGGAACUUCUUCGAAUUCACCCAUCACCUCUGCUUCCCCGGCAAGCCAGUUGACUGCCACUUCCAGUAUCCGCGAUGUCUACCUCUCACACAUCAGUGUCAACCACGGCGCAACAUUGCGCAACCUCCUCCUGCCCUCAAGAUGGCCUCUCUCAACAGGCAUGGUUGGACGUCUCGUUCACAGCUGCCCGAACCUGGAGCAGCUGGCUCUCGCCACAGAGUUUACCAGCAUGGACUCACUGAGUCUACUAAUACCCUUCCUCCGAAAACUAAAAGCCCUCCGACUCCUCAUCCCCCCAUCAUCCGGCCAACCCCAAAACGUCCCAGCAGGCUCAGCCCCGGGAAUAUCCCGGUCCGCACAACGCGACACCACCCUCGGCCUCAGCAGACCACUAAAGGAAACCAUCGCAAACGCAAAGUCCUUCACAGAACUAGUAGAAAUGGACGACACAGCCCUAACAGAUCUGAUAAGCCACGACCUCGCAAACGAACAAGUCUACGGCAACGUCAAAGUCCUCGGCCUAGGCUGGAAAGCAUGGGAACUCCGCGAAUGCUACAAAGCCCCAAUCCCACCACCCCAGCCCCAAAAUAUCAUAAUAGAAGACCAACCCCCCCAUAACGGCGAAUACGCACCCACCGAAAGUCCCAUCAACAUCUAUGGUGGUCCCCAAACCCACCCAGCCCACUCCACAACCACAACCACGCUCAGGUCACCUUGUACACAAACACCCCGUCUGGGCUCUUGUUCUGCAAGUGCCUCCCCAGUCGCAAGACCCCUCCAACCACCCUCAACAUUGGGCAAACGAUCGCGCGAUUACGACGAUAAAGAUCCUGCCCCGACACCUAGACAACAAUCCCGUGGUCCUGACACUGUCAUCCCCGAAGACCGUGAGGAUACGCCAUCCUUCAAUCCAACUUUCCAUCCUCCUGCAAUGGCUGAAGAUAGAUUUCUAUGGAGGAGGCGUAUGCGCCGUGUUGGGUGGGAGGUUUUGCAGCACUGGGAGGUGUGGGCUUUGGAUGCGCAGGAGAUUUGA